AUGUACAAGCGACAUCGUUUAGAUUUGGGGGAUGAUUCGCCGAGUAAAAAGAGACCCUCUGAUGAGCGUGACCGUGACAGGGACAGAGACCGUGAAGAACGGUCGAGGGACAGGGACCGCGACCGGGAUCGAGACCGUGACGGGGACAGAGAUGUGAAGUCUUCAGCAGCCCCCAACAGUCUAGCUGCAGGCAGUGGAAGCUUCCUAAAGCAAAUCCCCAUUCUGCAGCCGAUCAACCCCUUCACCAACCUGCCCCACACGCCACGCUACCAUGAGAUCAUGAAGAAGCGGCUGCAGCUCCCUGUCUGGGAGUACAGGGAGCGCUUCACUGACAUCCUGAUGUGUAACCAGUCGUUUGUGCUGGUGGGAGAGACAGGCUCUGGAAAAACCACACAGAUCCCUCAGUGGUGUGUGGACAUGGUGCGGUCAAUGUCGGGACCAAAGAGAGCAGUGGCCUGCACCCAGCCCAGGAGGGUAGCGGCCAUGAGCGUCGCCCAGAGGGUUGCUGACGAGAUGGAUGUCAUGCUGGGCCAAGAGGUGGGCUACUCCAUCAGGUUUGAGGACUGCAGCUCUCCCAAGACCCUACUCAAGUACAUGACAGAUGGAAUGUUGUUGCGGGAGGCUAUGAAUGAUCCUCUGCUGGAGCGCUAUGGUGUCAUCAUCUUGGACGAGGCACACGAACGCACUUUAGCUACAGAUAUUCUCAUGGGGGUCCUCAAGGAGGUGGUCCGCCAGAGGGCUGACCUCAAGGUCAUCGUCAUGAGUGCCACGCUCGAUGCCGGAAAGUUCCAGGUGUACUUUGACAACUGCCCACUGCUAACCAUCCCAGGACGCACCCACCCUGUGGAGAUUUUCUACACACCGGAGCCUGAGCGGGACUACCUGGAGGCGGCCAUCCGCACUGUGAUCCAGAUCCACAUGUGUGAGGUGGAUGAAGGGGACCUUCUGCUCUUCCUCACUGGACAAGAGGAAAUUGAUGAAGCCUGCAAGCGAAUCAAGAGGGAGGUCGACGACCUGGGGCCGGAAGUCGGUGACAUCAAGAUCAUCCCGCUUUACUCCACACUGCCUCCACAGCAGCAGCAGAGGAUCUUUGAGCCACCCCCACCCAAUAAACCAAGUGGUGCCAUUGGAAGGAAGGUUGUCGUGUCAACAAACAUCGCUGAGACAUCCCUGACCAUCGAUGGCGUGGUGUUUGUAAUUGAUCCCGGAUUUGCCAAGCAAAAGGUAUAUAACCCACGUAUCCGAGUGGAAUCCCUUUUGGUUACAGCCAUCAGCAAGGCCUCGGCCCAGCAGAGGGCCGGUCGUGCUGGGCGGACACGCCCAGGGAAGUGUUUCCGCCUUUACACAGAGAAGGCUUACAAGACAGAAAUGCAGGACAACACGUAUCCAGAGAUUCUGAGGUCUAAUCUGGGCUCUGUGGUGCUGCAGCUGAAGAAACUGGGGAUUGAUGACCUGGUGCACUUUGACUUCAUGGACCCACCAGCCCCAGAGACCCUGAUGCGAGCCCUGGAGUUGCUGAACUACCUGGCGGCGCUCAAUGACGGUGGUGACCUGACGGAGCUGGGCUCCAUGAUGGCAGAGUUCCCCCUGGACCCCCAGCUGGCCAAGAUGGUCAUCGCCAGCUGUGAAUUCAACUGUUCAAACGAGAUCCUCUCCAUCACUGCCAUGUUGUCAGUCCCACAGUGCUUCGUCCGACCCACGGAGGCUAAGAAGGUGGCCGACGAGUCCAAGAUGCGCUUUGCCCACAUCGACGGAGACCACAUGACGCUGCUCAACGUCUACCACGCCUUUAAACAAAACCACGACUCUACUCAGUGGUGCUAUGAAAAUUUCGUCAACUACCGCUCGCUGAUGUCAGCAGACAACGUACGGCAACAGUUGUCCAGGAUCAUGGACCGCUUCAACCUGCCGAGGAAGAGCACUGAGUUCAGCAGCAGAGACUACUACACCAACAUCCGGCGUGCGCUGGUCACUGGCUUCUUCAUGCAGAUCGCUCACCUGGAGCGCACAGGCCAUUACCUGACGGUGAAGGAUAACCAAGUCGUCCAGCUGCACCCAUCCACUGUGCUGGACCACAAGCCGGAGUGGGUGCUUUACAACGAGUUUGUGCUGACCACCAAGAACUACAUCCGCACGUGCACCGACAUCAAACCAGAGUGGCUGGUGAAAAUUGCCCCGCAGUACUAUGAGAUGGGUAACUUCCCCCAGUGUGAAGCAAAGAGACAGUUGGAGCGUAUCAUUGCAAAAAUCUCAUCCAAGGAACACACUCAGUACUAAGAAGGUUCGCAUGUGCUGCAACGUCAUCCUCAGCAUCUGUACAAAGUAAAACCUAAACGUAUUUGAGCAGUCUUAUUUUAUUUGACUUCCACCAACAACCUAAUUUUGAAUUCUAUUUUUGUCUCACUGUGUGUAAUGUAUAUUUCAUGAUGAUUGAUGAAUUGUGUCCUUCAAGGGCCACCUUGUUAUUUUUCUUCUGAAGCCCAAAAGGGUUUAGCAGUGCGCUACCAGAAAUCAACUGUAAAUGAGUAGUUAUCUGGAAUUUAGUCAUAAACCAUUUUGAUUUAAAGCAUGAUAUUUCAUGUAAAUUUAAGCAUUCCUCUCUAAGACAUAAGUCACAGCUCGGGAUUCUCGGCUGUUUUGCUUCUCCUGCUAAAAACGGCAUAAAUCCGUGGAAGCUUUUGAUCAAAUAUCGUUCUAAAAAGCUGUUGUUUGAGGCAGACAUAAUGCAUUGUUCUCUAGUCAUGGAGAUACUGAGAGGGGCAUUUUGGUCACAUUUCCUGUCGCUAUUCAACUUAAUAAAAAAGACUUUGUAAUAAAA